CAGAAAAAUGCCGCGUAAUCGAGACCGUUGAACCAGACAAACACAUAGAUACAGAAAUUUUGGUCGUGGAGCCCAAAUUACUUCCAGCGAAGAUAUUAUCUCUCUCUCUUUCUCUGUCAUCAUAACAAUCAUCCACUUCUCUCUCUAUCCCUUCGCUGCAAAAAGCGCACAAAUCCCAUUCUCCGCUCCUCUCUCUCCUUCUUUAUAACUUCGGUUCUUGGUUCUUUAAGGACUAUAAACUUUCUUUGACUCUUCUAGUCUCAUUCAACUUCUCUUCAAUUUUCUUUUUCAUUUUUUUUUUUUGUUUUUUUGACUGCCGUUAUCUUUCGCUGUCAGAUCGAGAAUUUCAGCUCAAGUUUAUUCUUCCAUUAAGGUAAUUGUGGAGAAGUAAAAGAACAGUUGGAUCUAAGACAUAUACAUAUUCUUUAGCGGCCACUAUGUCUUUUACUGGUACCCAGCAGAAAUGCAAGGCUUGUGAGAAGACUGUUUAUCCUAUGGAACUUCUAUCAGCGGAUGGUAUUUCUUACCAUAAGUCUUGCUUUAAGUGCUUUCACUGCAAAGGCACUUUGAAGCUGAGCAAUUAUUCCUCGAUGGAAGGUGUAUUAUACUGUAAGCCUCACUUUGAGCAACUGUUCAAGGAGACGGGAAAUUUCAACAAAAAUUUUCAAUCACCUGCAAAGUCAGCUGAGAAGUUAACUCCUGAACUGACAAGGUCACCUAGCAAAGCUGCUAGCAUGUUUUCUGGGACACAAGAAAAAUGUGCUACUUGUGGUAAAACAGCUUAUCCACUCGAGAAGGUAACAGUGGAAAGCCAAGCCUACCACAAGUCAUGUUUCAAAUGCUCUCAUGGUGGCUGUUCGUUAUCACCUUCAAAUUAUGCAGCACUUGAAGGUGUUUUGUAUUGCAAACAUCAUUUCUCCCAACUUUUCAAGGAGAAAGGAAGCUACAACCAUCUUAUAAAGUCUGCAUCAAUGAAACGUGCUGCAGCUUCCAUGCCAGAGGCCUGAAUACCUUAUUGACAAUUUGAUAUCUAUAUCAUGUGUGGCUUUCUAUUUUUUUUUUGUGUGCUUUCCUUCGGCUCCGACUUCCAUUUUGAGGAAUUGGCAAAUCUUGGUUCUGCCUCCUUUUUGGCUUUCGGCUUGUUUAAUGGCCUUAUCGUUGUGUUUGAUUGAUGGAUGGGAUACACAUUCCCUCAAUUGUAAAAUGAUCCAUGGAGAACUUUAUCUGCAAAUGUGGAUGUUACUAGUGCUUCUUCAUUUUAUGUUUCUGGGUUUGUUACAACAAGCAUGGAUGAUGAAGUGUUCAUUACUAAUUUUUUCUU